GCCGUCGCGGUGACCCUCGGGGGAAGGCUCCAGGCAGAGGGCGGCGGCGCCAUGGCCCGGAGCUGGCGGUGGCUGCAGGGGCUGGUCCUCACCUGGCUCCCCAUAGGCUGCCUCUCUCUGCUUGUGAUAGUGCAGGAUAUUGAGCGAUACACCACCUUAUUUGCUUCUGUGAUCCUCAAGUGUGACUACAGCACUUCAGCACAACUGCAGGAUGUAGUGGUGACAUGGCGCUUCAAAUCCUUCUGCAAGGACCCCAUCUUUGACUACUACUCUGCCUCCUACCAGGCUGGUUUAGCUCUUGGCCAGGACCCAUCCAAUGACUGUAAUGACAACCAGCGGGUGGUGCGCAUAGUCAUUCAGAGACGUGGACAGAACGAGCCUGUGCUAGGCAUAGAGUACAGACAGCGCAAGAUCACUAUCCAGAACCGGGCAGACCUUGUGAUCAAUGAGGUGAUGUGGUGGGACCAUGGAGUCUACUACUGUGCUGUUGAGUCUCCAGGAGACACUGCAGGCGACCCAGACAAAGAGGUUAAGCUCGUUGUUCUGCAUUGGCUCACGGUGAUCUUCAUCGUUCUUGGUGCUCUCCUCCUCCUCAUACUGAUCGGGGUGUGCUGGUGCCAGUGCUGCCCCCAACACUGCUGCUGCCAUGUCCGCUGUGCCUGCUGCCCAACCCGCUGCUGCUGCAAUGAGGAAGCCCUGGAACGACAUAGGUUCAUGAAGCAGGCUCGGACACUUAUGCCAUGGAUGACACACCAUCCGUUCUACGUGGGAGGUGACAGGAACUCCCAACUCUCUUCUUACCAACUGAACCCAUUGCUGCAAAAAGAUGUCUCUCUGCAGAGCAGCCUCCCACUGGUGCAUUCACAGGGCCAGCUGCCCCCCAAAAACAACAUCCUGGACUAUCUGGAGUCUGAGAUCCAGAACCUCAACCUAUCCCAGCCCCUGCUACCCUCCCACCACUUUGGGGCCAAUCAGCAUCCCAGCGUGCUCUCCUCCCUGAGCUCGGAGGUUGUGGAGCGCAGGGUAAUCCAGCUGCCUCCCAUCACUGAGCUCAUCCCAUCCUCGCAGAGGAGCAGUAACUUGUCACACCUGCAGCGAGCUGGCCAUGCCGCAGGACCCUGGGGCUCCACAAUAGAGGAUGAGAGGGAGGACUGGAGAAGACACCAGCCCUUGGAUGGAGAUUCUCACUCCAGCUUCGAUCGGGAAUCCUGGGACAAGGGACGAGACCAGCCGCCUCAGAGGCAGGGGGAGGGCAGCUAUGACGGCAGGCACCGGAGUUCCAGGCGGGAUGUUUCGCCCAUGCGCCGGCCAGACCGCAGUAGGUAUGGUGACAUCUUCUACCCUCGGGAGGCUAGGGAGCGCUCGGGCCGCCGCUUCGACCUCAGGGAGCAGCCUUUGGAGAGGCAAAAGUAUCAACGCUCCAAUAGAAAAGGCAGCAGUUCGGAGCAGCGGGAGCGCCAGCAUCGCAGCUACUCUCCUCCGGCACGACGAGAGUCGUGGAGCUCGGCAGAAGAGCAUGAUCGCUUCCAGGGGAACAAUAGGCAACGCCACCGUCGCUCCCCAGGCUGGCCAGAAGACAAGCCGCCCAGUUACCGCUCACUGGAAAUCAUCCCAGCCAAGGACAGCAGACACAGAAGCAGCGUGGGACAGCAGUCGGUGAGUCAGAGUCCCUGA